UACUGUAUGUAGCCAGCUCAUGUUUGCAGUGUAAACUUUGAUGAAAUUCACCUGAUCAUCUCUUAGAAUCCACCAGUGAGCAUCUGUGUGCGCAGUCAUGGACGGGAGUCUGUUUGUGCUGCUUCUGCUGUCAGGGCUCUUCUGGAGCAGUUCUGGUCUUUCUCGUCCGUACUUCUAUAUAAAUAAAGCAAUGUCAUGGCCAGAGGCUCAAAGUUACUGCAGAGAGAGAUUCACUGAUCUGGCUACUGCAGACAGCAUGGAUGAUGUGAACAGGCUGGUAAAUAUAGUGGAUGCUGGAUACAGUGGAUCAGUGUGGAUUGGACUGAAGAGGGGGACACAGACACGCUGGGUUUGGUCUGAUGGAGAAAACAACACUUCUCAGUACUAUAACUGGGAUUCAAGACAGCCAGAUGGGGAUGGAAAUUGUAUUGCUACUUAUUCCGGGGCUUGGCAUGAUGCGUCAUGUUCCAUUAAUCAAUAUUUUAUGUGCUAUGGAAAUUCUGGAUACAUCUUAGUAAAAAUCCCAAAAGCAUGGAGUGAUGCUCAGAGCUACUGUAGACAGUAUUACACAGACCUGAUCACCAUCCGCAACUUUUCAGAAAAUAACCAGACAAAUCAAAUUCUUUUAUCUGGAUCUUACAUCUGGAUUGGUCUGUUCCUGGACUCUUGGGAAUGGUCUGAUAAAUGGAGUCGCUCCUUCAGACACUGGGCAGCAGAUCAACCAUCCCAGAGUUCAGGAUCUGGUGACUGUGUUGGCAUGUCAAGAGCCAAUUCUGGGAAAUGGGCUCAAUACAGCUGUGAUCUAAAGCUGCCUUUUAUCUGCCAUGGGGAUGACAAGAGAAAACAAAUUGUGAGACUGAAAGUCACAUGUAAGGGAAUAUGUGCAUUGAAUGAUCCUUCACUACAGACGGCCAUUAUGAAUGAGAUAAGUGAAAAACUGAAGAACAUGAUGUUGGAGAGUGACAGCAAAAUAAGCUGGAGAAAGUGGGAAGAUGGAGAGAUGUUUCAUCUGGAGAAAAAUCAUACAGUUAAUUUAGAUAAUAAAUAGGCAUCUGUAAUGUACUUUUAAAAACUUAAACAGUUUAAAAAUGUUGAGUAAUGUUAUUGUUUUAAAGAACUGGAAAAUUGAAGUACA